CGCAAAUAGUAGGUUAGCAGGCAACCAGUAAGAAGACACAGACAUUGUAUAUUCAGCCAUUGUUCUUUAUCUGCGGCGGAAACAACCAGAACAAAGAACUCAACGUGAAUACUAUGCAUACCGCAACGCAACACUAAAUUCAGUAGUAUUCAUAUAUAAGCCCAAGAAAUGUGCAAACCGGGAUGGAUGAUCUCUUCUCUCUUCUCUUGUCUCUGUAACCAAAAUCUGGGAAAUCGCAUACCGGAUCUCUUCUCUUGUCUUUCUGGGGUUGAGGUUGGACUGGAUAUUAUCGUAUUUGCAGCUUCGGUAUUCAUUUUUGUUAUACAGUCAGUCAGUCAGUCAGUCAGCCAUAUAUCCGUUCAUCAUCAUCCGCCAUCCACCAUCCAACAUCCACAACCAUCAGAGCUACAACCACCAUCCACCAACCACAACCAUCAGAGCAACCCCCACCAACCCCCACCAACCACCCAAAAGUGGCGCUGAGAUGAAAUAAAAUGAAAUGAAACGAGAAGAAAAGAAAAGAAAAGAGAAGCGAAGCAAUGUGCCUCUACACAGCAACCCACUACCCGACCUGCCAACACACGGAAUUCGAGCUG